AUGACAGGAAAAAUUGCCGUUGAAAAUUUUCUAGUUAUUAGUGGAUUUUUAUUCGCCUAUCAUAGUUUAAUUAAAUUAGAAAAUGAGCAAUUUUCUAUAGUGUAUUUAAAUAUACGUCGAUACAUAAGAUUAAUUCCCGUGAUAAUAUUUUGGGCAUGUUUACAUAUAUGCUUCAUUCAGUUUUUUGGAUCAGGUCCUUAUUGGAAACAAGGUAUGGAAGAAAUUAUCAAACCAUGCGAAAAAUAUUUGUUCCACACGCUAUUUUUUAUACAAAAUUAUUUAAACGAGCAAAAUAUGGAACCAUACAUUUUACCGGGAUAA